AUGCCUUUAUCUUCAAAGGCCCGGUCGAAUCGGCCGCCAUCUUUGCUUCCCGCUGCAUCGCUAGAGGGCCUAGAGAAAUUUGUCCAUCCAGACGAGGCAUGGCCGGUAGAUCAGAAAGAUCCUUGGAAGUAUAAACCUCUGCCCGACCUGCCUAGGGCGUCAUCCAGCGAUUACAGUCGUUCCAUAGUUUCUUUGGAUAGCGAACCGCGCAACGGAGCCGAUGACCAAAUGCAUGACCUUAACACAUCGCAAGACUCCCUUGUUUCCGGACGGAUCAAUCAAGGAUCCUUUUCUAGGACAAAUGGCCGUCGUCGAACUCCCAUUACCAAUCUAAAAGAACAAUUUCAGCAGGCUUCUACUGGCCGUCGGGGCCGGUGGAUCCUCCGUCAAUCGUCCUCUCCAGCUUUAUCGCAAUAUAAUCCGUGGUUGGAUAAGCAUUCAUUUCAUGGAACAGAAGUGUCAUGGACCCCUCCAGUUACAGUUUCCAUGUGUCGGGACUCACUGGCAUCGCAACACGUCAACAGCGUUCCUCCUGAUAGUCCUACUAUUGUUCCGCCUUUGUCGCCAAGGACAGUCGACUCGUUCGAUCCUUCGCUGAUUCCCCGUCCUUUGGGUGUUGAUUCGGUCCAAGGGGAAGGCGAUGGGGAAAUUGGCAAACCCAAAGGAAGAUCACCGCUCUUGGUAGUUGAAAAUUCAGACCCGGAUAUAUGUCUUUGCCAUUCGCCGCACCCGCGACAUGAUCGAGUACCAUCUCGAGUAACAAGCAUUCAAAGAGAGAACCUGCCAUUGCCCCCGUUGCCAAGUUCUCCAGGGUCACUACUGAGCAAGGGUCAUGGAAGUCAAGUUAUAGGAACUCCGAAGAAGCUGAAUAAAGAAGAAAAGAGCAAGAUCGAGCCUAAGAAGGUGGUCUGUCAGUCAAUAAAGAGUGUAGGCCCUAAUCGAACUCAGCUCUAUUCCUUUUGUACGACUACCACGGCCGACUUGCGCAAUGCCAGAACACCAAUUCAAGGGCCGCAUGAUUCCUAUAUAUUAGAAGCGGAACGGCCCAGGGCACCACAUCCAUCUCCACGAUUGUCCCGAUGCUCUUCCCUUCCCCAGAUAUUAUCCUCGAGGCGUAACCAGCCAACUCCAACUAAGCAUAUUGCUAUCCCGCCCACAGACUACCAAAAGUACGGUCCUCAGGCCCUAGCAGAAAAUAAAAAAGCGGCAAAAGCAAAGCGGAAAGAAAAGGGACAAAAGGACAACAGAGAAUCCAAGAAGCGAGGAAUUAGCAGACUUCCACGGUAUCUGAGAAAAAUUCUUCCCAAAGCAUUUUCUUCCGAACCUCUCAAGACAACAGCCCCACCUCCUGAUUUGGAAAAACCGCAUCCUAGACCUUCAACGCCUGCCAUCCAUCAAGCUUUCGCUUCUCCCCCUCCGUAUCCGUAUCAAUAUUCCGAUGGAAAGAACAUCCAUUACUCCCGCAGACCUUCUGCUAGGCGGAAAAAGGAACUGCAAUCAGACGAGUGGGGGCGGAUAAAGGAUUCGCGGAAAAAGAAUGAAUGGCAGGGCUCUAGGGACGAGAGGGGGAGAACUGGAGGUUCGAAGAAGGGCAGAAAGGGGAAUAAGGGGAAAGGAAAGGAGAAAGGGAAGCGGGCGGCUCACGUUGGGGAUGAGAAUGGAUCAUAUUGGCUGUGA